AUGAACGAACCUCCGAUGGAAAUUUCGAAACACGAUGCAGAUCUUAAAAGAUGUGACGCAAACGAUAUUGAGCGAACAGCUACUGCAGGAACUGAAAAAAAUGGCAGCAUUACCAUUCUCUCAGUGGGCGAUGAUGCUGGAUACCAUCGUUCCUUGACGAGGCGCCAAAUUAUGAUGAUGACCUUUGGAGCGGGUAUUGGGACAGGACUUUGGGUAGGUACUGGACAAGCCCUACAUUAUGCGGGUCCUGCUGGCACGGCCAUCACCUAUACCAUCACUGCCAUGAUUGUGUAUGCUCAGUAUUCAUCAAUCGGCGAGAUGACUACAUACAAGCCUAUCCAUGGUGGAUUUAUACGACAGUGCGCCGAAUACGUCGACCCAGCAUUCGGCUUUGCAAUUGGUGUCAACUUUUGGUUUGCGUGGGUAAUGAUUAUUCCAGCAGAGAUAACAGCAGCUAUAUCCGUCCUCAAGUACUGGCCAGAAACCGACGUGAUACCACUGGCAGCAUACAUCACUAUGUUCCUUGUUGUCAUAGCUUUCGCGAACAUGUUCCACGUUCGAGUCUAUGGCUAUAUCGAGUAUUAUAUGUCGUUCGUCAAGUGUCUUGCCGUGGUGUUGAUGAUUUUCUUCAUGUUCAUCAUGACUUCCGGAGGGAUCCCUGCAACAAACGGCCCUAUCGAGUUCACAUACUGGAAGAAUCCCGGAGCCUUUAACAACGGAAUCAAAGGCAUCGCAAAGGCAUUCGUGCAAGCGGCCUUCAGUUUCGGUGGUGGUGAACAUAUUGCUGUGAUCGCCGGUGAGGCCAAAGAUCCCCGACAGACUAUCAAAAAGACAGUCCGACCAAUCUUCUGGAGAAUGUUCACAUUCUUCGUGGUUAACAUCUGGCUGGUUGGAAUGUGCGUACCAUCCAACGAUACAGAUCUUGUGAAUGCAAGCGGAACUAUGGGAAGUCCCUUCGUCAUCGCCAUUAAGCGAGCAGAUGUAUACGGUCUCGCUCAUGCGAUCAACGGUUUUAUCUUUCUUAGCGUGAUUAGUUGUGGGAUCACCAGUGCCUAUAUCGCCAGUCGAAGUCUCACAGCGCUAUCAGAUCUGCAGAUUAUCCAUCCAUUUUUCGGAAAGAAAGACUCGCAAGGUCGUCCUUGGGUGUCGCUGGUUAUUAGUUUGGGGCUCGGUGGUGGGCUUUGCUACCUAAACACCAACAGUGUAGGCACGUUGGUCUACGGUUGGUUUUCCGCGUUGGUGGCUAUCGCGACACUUUUCCAAUGGGCCUCAAUUUAUAUCGCUCAUCUUCGCUUCCGGCAAGGUCUCCGAGCACAAGGCAAAGAUCUUAGCACGCUUCCUUUCAAAGGCCUUCUUACUCCAUGGGUCCAAUACUUCGGGCUUCUUAUCGUACUGUUUGUCUUCGGUUGUGAAUUUUACUUGGCUUGUUGGCCUUUCGGAGAGAAGGGCUCGGUGAAGAGCUUCUUUUCUUCAUACUUGGCCGCUCCUCUGUUCUUCUUUGAUUACUUUGUAUAUAAGUGGUAUUACAAAACCAAAAUUGUCAACCCGAUUGACAUGGAUUUUGGCCCUGCGAGAGCCUUCGAUGAGCAGGAUCUUGUGAACGCCAUUGCUACCGAGAGCUCGGAUCAGAAACCAGAGAAAAACGAAGCAAAGACAUGGAUCAAACGUAUUCAGUACAUGGUGCUUGGAUAA